UUGAUUACAUUUAAAGUGAGGUAAUAUUUCUAUUCAAGAACUCAAGCAUAUUCAAAGCUAAACGAAACGAUGCAAAAGAAGCCGUUGAAUGCGAACACGCUGCUAGACAAGAUGCAUCGGGGUGUCGUCUACGCCUGCAUUGGCGUAACGCUCUACGGUACAUAUUUGAUUGGGAUGCGCUAUUAUCACUACUUCACGGUGAUCCGGCCGGAGAAAAAGGUGAUGGAUCAGCAGGCGGAACUGAAGCUGCUCGACGAGGGGGCGCACGACAAGGCCAAGGAGCUGAAAUACUAAAAACAGCAUAAAAACAAAAAUCAUGUCCUUUUCUCCUAAUAAUUUAUAAUGUUUGUUAAGCGGAAUAAAUAUUGUACACUAUUGUUAAA